AGGAUAAGAGGGACCCAGCUUAACUCAAAUCCUUACCAGCCUUACAAUCCAAAAUCAAAAGCCCAAAUGAAGAAGAGAAAGAAGGAAACAAAGAAAGAAGCGCAGAAAAUACAGAAGCAUAGCCAUGGCUGCAGCAACUUCACCGCCGCCAUCACACCUCCUCUUCUCGUCAUCAACUUCUCGUCCCUCUCCUUCCCAAUUAUGCGUUUGGGAAGCCAAGGCGCUGUUUCUCAGCUCGUGUACCAACAGUAGCAGGCAAAGGCGGCGGCACGAGGCCGGAGGAGUGCGUUGCACGGCGGCGGGAACUGCCGCGCCGGCGGCAGAGACGAAGAAGAAGGGCGGCGGCGGGUUCGAGAUUCAGACGCUGACGGGGUGGCUAUUGAAGCAGGAGCAGGCGGGGGAGAUCGAUGCGGAGCUCACCAUCGUGCUUUCGAGCAUUUCGACGGCGUGCAAGCAGAUUGCGUCGCUGGUGCAGAGAGCCGGCAUUUCCAACCUCACCGGAGUCCAGGGCGCCGUCAACAUCCAAGGAGAGGAUCAGAAGAAGCUCGACGUUGUCUCUAAUGAGGUGUUUUCCAAUUGCUUGAGAUCGAGUGGUCGGACGGGGAUCAUAGCGUCGGAGGAAGAAGACGUGCCAGUAGCGGUGGAGGAAAGUUACUCCGGCAACUACAUCGUGGUGUUUGACCCCCUCGAUGGAUCUUCCAAUAUUGACGCUGCUGUAUCUACUGGUUCUAUCUUCGGGAUUUAUAGCCCUAACGAUGAGUGCCUCGCAGAUAUUGGUGAUGAUACCACGCUAGACCAAGGGGAACAGAGGUGCGUGGUGAGCGUAUGCCAGCCGGGGAGCAACCUUCUGGCCGCCGGCUACUGCAUGUACUCCAGCUCCAUCAUCUUCGUGCUCUCCAUCGGAACCGGCGUCUUCGCCUUCACUCUGGACCCCAUGUACGGCGAGUUCGUCCUCACCCAAGAACAAAUCCAGAUCCCUAAAUCCGGCAAGAUUUACGCCUUCAAUGAAGGCAACUACCAGCUGUGGGACGACAAGCUGAAGAAGUACAUCGACGACCUCAAGGACCCCGGUCCCUCCGGCAAGCCCUACUCUGCUCGCUACAUCGGCAGUCUGGUCGGCGAUUUCCACCGGACACUUCUCUACGGCGGGAUCUACGGGUACCCCCGAGACAAGAAGAACAAGAAUGGGAAGCUCAGGCUGCUGUAUGAGUGUGCCCCCAUGAGCUAUUUAGUUGAACAAGCUGGCGGCAAAGGAUCUGACGGCCAUCAAAGAGUGCUUGAUCUCACACCCACCGAGAUACAUCAACGUGUUCCGCUUUAUAUUGGAAGCUUGGAGGAAGUGGAGAAAUUGGAGAAAUAUUUAGCUUGAGUGAAACACAGAAGCAAAGACACACCGUUGUUUACAUAUAUAUAGCUUCUCAAAACUAUCAUUUAUGUUGUGCAGUUGCAUCCAAUUAUAUGUUUUUUGCACAAGAUAAGUGUGCUUAAGUUCAUCAAUUGUUUUUGAAAGGUCACUUAAUUCUAUUAUUGAAAUUUUAAUUUCUUUUC